UAGUCAUAGUACAAGCUCUUAUGUAAAUACCUGUUGCCCGGGUCGAAUUAAAUGUCAAUGCAGCACUUUAUUCUUAGUACGUUUUAAAAAUGGGCGUACUACACAUUAUAUCUGACGUUUUAAGCGUUAUUACCAUAGCUUUAUGUUUCAUACUAAAGAUUCCUCAGAUUUUAAAUAUAAUCAAACUGAAAAGUGCGAAAGGAAUAAGUUUGAAAGCCCUUUUAUUGGAACUGUCAAGCUACACGGUGAUGACGUGCUACAACUACACCAACGGCUACGCGCUGCUCACGUACAUGGAGUACCCCGUGAUCAUCAGCCAGCAGGCGGUGCUGAUCCUGCUGGUGUCACGGCACUCGGGCCUGCUGGGCGGGCGCUGCGCCGUGCUCUGCGCGCUGUACCUCGCCGUGACCUGCUGCUUCCUCUCCGGCGUGCUGCCCAAGGCCGUGCUGGCCGGCCUCGUGCCGCUGUGCACGCCCGUGUCUGCGUUUAGCAAGGUGAUGCAGCUCUACGAGAUCGUCAGCUCCAAGAACGCCGAGUCUGUCAGCCUGCUCACCUGGUUCCUGUCUGCGUUCACCAACCUGACGCGCAUCUACACCAUCUACCUGGACUCUGCCGACCCCAUGCUGCUCACCAACUUCUCCAUCUCCGUCGCGCUCAGCAGCUCCGUGCUGGCCGCGGCCGCCUACUACCGCCGCCCCAAGGCCGACUAGGGGUGCCAACCCCGCGCCACGCAACACCCCAACCAGUCAAUCCCUCCUAGUGUUGAGGCCAGGCCGCGUCGCGACAGCACGGACGCACCGGAAGUUGAUGGCAGCUGCUACGUUGGGCAUGGCAAACCAGCACACACACUGAAAGUUGUCAAACUGUUAAUUUUUCUGUGUCCUGUGCACCGAUUUCUGUUUGCAGCCAGUCAGUGCACACUAUGUCAGCGGCAUAUAAUAGCUCAUGUGUGCAUUCCGAAUGUAAAGAGUGAAACAUACAAAUUCAUCUUUGCAUUUAUUUAUUUCUAAGGAAAUUCUUAAAGUUAAAUACAAAACUGUGAAAUUAAAUGCUUGGAUGAAAUUCAGAUAUUUUAUGCUGACAAUUUUUUACAGAAGUUAAUGAAUGGAAAAUCCGUUGGAAUGAUUAAACGCUCUGUUAUGCACGAAUUUAGUUUCGAUUCCGUGCUGUGCUGUCGUUACUGUAGCUUAGCCUUUAAGAAAUUUAGAUUUGAUCAGGGAAUUUGUAUUAACAGGAUAAAAUGUUUUUUUAUAUUAUUUUAACAGUGCUAAUUGUUUUUUAAAAUUGAUAAUGCAGGAAAUUUUCAUCUUUUCAUAAGUGGAAUUUUCUUAAGAAAGAUUUACUGUACUUAUAAAAAAAAAGUUGUAAUUUAUGGACUGUAAGCUAUCAGUCUGUUGAUUGGCCCUCCGUGCUAAAAGGGUUGGCCAUCCUUGACAUAGUUGUUGAUUACUGUUUGUCAGUCGCUGGUUGGCUGUAGUCUGAAGCCUGCGACCUUCGGGGCGGUGAUCGCUAGGGCUUCACGCAACCUCUGGCGUGACUCGUAUUGGUUUAUGAGCACACACCUUUCGCUUGUUUGUACCUGGCAGCGAACUGGGUGAAACAUACAAAAAAAAUUCAGUGUGUGAAUCGCAUACGUUCAGGGUGUCCACAUUCUGGAACAUCAAGGAAAAGUCAGGGAAGCUAGAAUUUGUCAGGGAAUUCACUAAAAUCCUAGAAAAGUUAUGUAAAAUCCCCAGUGAUAGUAAUUUAAGGGUAAAUGUCAUUCUCCAGUCUUCUGCCAUCACCGAAUAGUGUUUCAUUGCACAGUCGUAUGGCGUGUGCAGGUGCUGUUUGGACUAGACCAGCUGUGGGAAGGGUGAGGGUUGGAUUAUAUUUAUUUUUUCUUUCUUUCAUGAAAUUGCAAAAUACGUCAAUUAUUUUGAAAAAAAAUUGUAAAUUUGUAAUUUUGUUUAAGGGAAGUCAGGUAAAUAUGUAACAGAUGUUUGUGGACACCCUAAUAUUCUAAAUAGGAAUGGAUUUUGACUGGCCAACUGUGCAAGCCUGCAUCGUUGUAAUGUGUCUGUGUUCGCGGGCUGCCUCCCCUCCACUGGGAGCUGGGCUGAGGGGUGGGGGGAGACAGUCACCUGUGCUCUCUCUCUCUCUCUACUCUCGCACACUCGUUCACAGACCUUCACUCAGUUCUGUGCCACGCACAGCCAUGUGAAAGGAAGAAAUAAAAUAACAUGAUGAUCCUCUACAACGUAUGAGGUCUUGCUAGUUUCAAUCAAUAGUUUUAUCCUAAUCCUGCCACUGCAGAUCUGAUCAUUGUAAUUGUAUUUUGGGUGUGGGGAAACGUUUGUAUGAAUGCCAGAAGCCAUGCAUGUCAUUUCCAAAAUGGUGGUAUUAUCCAUGGUUAUUCUUCUGCAUGAUGCUUUGUGAACGUUAAUGAAAUCAUUGAACUCAUAAUAAUAUGAUUGAAAAUUAUAGUUUUUAUAAAAUUGCGGAGGCAGAACAACUUGCAUGUUUGUUUUUUUGUAAAGAUCUUGUACGAUAAUGUUAAUGCCCUCGUUCAUAUGAUUUCAUGUACAUUUCUGAACCUGUACUAUACUACAUUCUAGUGGGUCUCAAUCUUUUGAUCACACUAAGUAUUAUGAAAAAAAAAAAUGUUCAUUUAAAUUAUUUAUGCACAAAUUUUACUGUUUUUUUCUCCUAAAUGUGUAUGACUGAUAAGAAUUUGCUAUGAAUAUUAUUUUAUAUUUAUUUCAGAUUUUGAGGGUUUUUUUUUUUUUAAUUUUUGUAUUUUCCAAGCUAUUUUUCAUUAUUAUUUGAUCAUUUAGAAUUAACUUUUAAUGUUAUACUAUAUAUUAUAAAUGGUUGAUUGAAUCUGUAAAAUAUUGGUGCUUAUUAGUUUUUACUAAAAAUAUAAAUAUGUAUUUUUUUUAUACUGGUUUAUUUUUUCAAGCAUUGAGUGUAAAGUACCAUAUGUGACUGUUGUGCAGUAUUAGCAAACAAAUUAUGUAUAGUAUUUUGCUUAUAGAAAUUUAUUUUUAAUAAUAAAUAAAUAAUAUACAGUAUCUCAUACCAAAAUUAAACAGACAAUUAUUGUGUUGAGGUAAUUUACUGAUAAGGAUAAGCAUGCCGAUGUGCAUUUAUUCAAGGGGCCUGCCGAGGUUAGGGUGAUGAAUGCGACGAUCGCUUGUGCUUCUCCUCAGAGCGCAAGGCUGCAGACUUCUCGUCGUCCGUCGGGCAACUCUGAGGUUUUAGACAUUGUACGGCCGAGAAAUGAAAAUAAAGGUGUAGUGCAAGUCCCAUGAGUACUUUAAAGAAUCAGCACUGGGUGUUUCAUGCCUAACAGCGAUUCUGAAAACAAGCAUUUUAGCCAUUUUCACUCUUUUAAAAGUACAUUUUAAAAACUGUCGCGAGGCUCUUAUCUCUGGCUCUCCCAGAAUGGCCUUAAGCGUCAAUCCUGUUUCCUGCCUGGGUGAGAAGGGAUCGGCCUGACUGGCGCGAGUAACUUCUGGCUGGAGGUUCCUAAGAGGGUUAGGUAGGAUUCUCCCCCACCUUGGGAUGCCCUGAAAGUGGCUCCCAGUGUCCCUCGUCGAAUGCCUACUUACGGGCUGCGGCUGGUUUGGCUCUGCGGUCUCCCAGUAGUAGGGCUGACCUGCUUGCUGGCUGGCUGGCUGGCUGGCAGGCUGGCUGGCUGGCAGGCAGGCGGCUGGCUGGCUGGCUGGCUGGCAGGCGGGCGGUUGGCUGGCUAGCAGACUGGCUGGCUGGCGGCGGGAUAGGUCCCCGUGGAGCUCCCUCACCCCGAAAGGACACUCAGAUAUGCGGUACGAGAUUUAUUACGAGUACUCGCGGUUGGUACCGACAGCCUCCCGAUACACACUAACUCGCGGACUCGGUUGUCGGUCUUCUGCCCUUGGCUGGCAGGCUCGGCUGCCAGCGAAGGCGCGGUGAGCGGUUGAAGGCGCGGUGAGCGAGGCUCGGCUGCCAGUGGUGCCUCGAGGGCACCGACUUCCUGGCCCAAAGGCCGGCCUUAUAUACCCCUCCUGAGGGCCAGGGCGUGACGUAGGAAGGGCCGAGGGUUCCAAGAAUCACGGGCGCUUCCAGGAAGUCCAGCCGGCCUACGUGACUUGGACGGACCUCGGCUUGUUUGGUGAGGGGAAGGCGGGUGGAGGCGGCUGGGCAGACGGAGGUGGGUGAGGAGGGGGAGGCUGCGCGCGCACCCGCUCGGCCUGGCGAGAGAGGGGUAGGCGAGGGGUGGCGGCCAGUAGGCGGUGCUGGGUGAGGAGGGGGAAGCUGCGCGCGCACUCGGCUGGCCUGGCGAGAGAGGGGUAGGCGAGGGGUGGCGGCCGGUAGGAGUGUGCGCGCGCACCCAGCUGGUUGGCAUGGCAACCAAGGACGCGGCGCGGUCGCCCUGGCAACGGGCGACGCGGUGGUGGCCGGACGGUGACAGCUGUCGCGGCCGUCAGUGGCAGCGGCGCGCACACGUGUUUAGGAAGGAAGGGGCUGACGGCUUCGUGAUUAUAGACGUGCACGGCACGUCGCACGUCAAAACAAAGAAUGGAAACAGAAAUUCCCAUCCUCCCUCAGCAUAAUCUUGAAAGCUUCAAGUAAACAGUUGCCAUCUGGAUAUAUUGAGCAGUUUUUAUUUCAAAUUGCAUGUUUUUCCUGAAUCUCUGCAAACCAGGUAGGCGGUCCCCUUGAUACCGUAUGAUAUUAUGAAAGCAAUAAUAUUUAUCUGUCUUCUAAAUACACAUGUUCCAUCCAUGUAGCAAGUUAAAAUUUAUAGAUCAUAUUUUUUAUGUCUUGUUAACAAAGUUUAUCAUCUGUUAUAUUACAAAAAUAAAUUUCAUU